CUAAAAAGGUGACUGCAUCUCACUGCCCAUCGAUCCCUUGCUGAUAUUUGCACCAAAGUCAAAACAAAGAUUCGGACAAAUAAGCGACCCCGCUUCGGCCGUCGUGACUUUUAUAUAACUAACGCCCAACUGGGCCGAGUUCCGUCGAAUCCGUCAUUCGUGGUAUCCUCUCCAGUUUUGUUUCACAAAAAAAUAAGACAGCCAACGGUGCCAAGACUUGAUCAACUGGCAAGCUUUCUACAGUAGCUCUUGGAUACAGCGAGUGCAAACGCCAAACUGGUUUGGUUGUUCCCGCGCUAUUUUAGCCUAUUGUUUCCCCCACGCCGGUUUUUGUUUCAUCCGUCUGGUGUAUGCGCCCAAGGAAACGGAGCUGCAGAAACCUCGUUGCAUGCUUCCGCCUUGAAUUAUCAACCUGCCGCCAACCCUUAAGACCAUGUCAACUACUUCAGCCGAGCUCCUGAAUGGAGCUAACGGCCGAAUAAACGAUCACGAUCAUGUUCUUCGGCCGCGUCCGCGCAAGCCGUUGCAUUCGCAACUGUCUCAAAUCAGCAACGCCUCAGAUACCGGUAGUACCUUUGAUGCUUCAUCAGAACACGGCGCAAGCAUCAGUAGCGGUCGAUCAACGCCAGUACCCGAGGACGCUCCUCCGUCGGUUAAAAUCCUGUCAACGGCGCGCCAGCAGGUCCGGCGAGAACAACGUGAAAUCCUACGCAGCCGUCGACGCCUGUUCCCCCCGACAGACUUUGAGUCUCGUUUAUCCCAUCUCGACCCGAACAGCGACUACCGGGACUUCCAUGGCUUCUUCAACCUAUUUUGGAUCGGGCUUGCCAUCAUGGCCAUCACAACCAUGUUGCGUAACAUAAAAGACACGGGCUAUCCCAUGAGAGUUCAGAUUUGGGGAUUGUUCACCGUCAAGGUCUGGGAGCUUGCGUUGAUAGAUGCAGCCAUGGUAUUGAGUACCUACGUUUCACUACCGCUGCAUCGGGUCUUCCGCGCUGCCCCUGCCGGCUCUUUGCUGACCUGGGCCCGUGGCGGCAUGGCUAUAAUGAGCAUAUACGAGGUUUUGUGGCUGGCCCUUUGGGUUGCCACCCCUUUCCUCCUCGACUGGACUUGGACUGCACAGGUAUUCCUGUUGCUGCACACCAUGGUGCUUCUGAUGAAGAUGCACUCAUACGUCUUCUACAAUGGCCAUCUCUCAGAAACCGAGAAGCGAUUGCGCGCUCUUGAUAACCCUUCAACGGCAUCCAAGGCACCAGCCUACCUCUAUCCCAGCGAGAACAAGGUGGCUAGUCCUAAGCGAACAACGGCUCCCAAAUUUUUCCGAGAUAACAAGGCGGACGAGACAAGCAGCCCCCUCGAGACUUCUACGCUCUCAAAAGACGUGGAUGAUCGCGUAGGGGGCGACUGGCACGUCGACGGCGAGGAUGAUGACAUUUCACAGCUCCGUGAGGACCUUGCGCGUGAGCUUACCAGUCCUAUGGGAAACACGGCUUACCCGCGCAAUCUAACAUUCUCCAACUACGUCGACUAUCUUUUCUGUCCUACACUGUGCUACGAACUCGAAUAUCCGCGCACCGAAAAGAUUGACUGGCAGUCACUCAUUAGCAAAAUCAUCGCUGUCUUUGGUUGCAUCUUUCUUCUGACCAUCGUCAGUGAAGAAUUUAUCCUGCCUGUCCUGAUCGAAUCGUCCCAACGCCUCGCGGUCCCAGGCAUGUCGGCAUCUGAAACCAUUCUUAUCCUGUGCGAGACGAUCUCGUGGCUCCUCUUUCCGUUCAUGGUCACAUUCUUGCUUGUCUUCCUGGUCAUCUUUGAGUACGUACUGGGUGCAUGCGCCGAGAUGACACGGUUUGCAGACCGACGCUUCUUCGCCGACUGGUGGAACAGCACCGACUGGAUGGAGUUCUCACGUGAGUGGAACGUGCCCGUCCAUGCCUUCCUCAGGAGGCACGUCUACGGCGCAAGCAGGCCGCACAUCGGCAAGCCAUAUGCGACUGUCAUCACCUUUUUGAUCAGCGCCAUCGGCCACGAGAUCGUUAUGGCUUGCAUCACAAAGAAGCUGAGGGGUUACGGUUUGGUGUGCCAGAUGUUGCAGCUGCCCAUCUUUGCCCUGCAGCGUACAAAGUGGAUCAGAGGAAAGCACACAGCCAACAAUGUGUUCUUCUGGUGCUCAAUGAUCAUGGGCCUUAGCAUGAUGUGCUCCCUCUAUGUGCUGAUAUAGCGAUUGAACUUGUUUUUCGCUGUUGCUGCGAACAACUUGACAUAUUGACCAGAAUUGCCUCCUGUAGUUCUAGUUCUCAUGUUACGGCAAGAACACACCGCUUGUCACUUUUCAUCAAUGUACUUUUUUUUCUGUUGGAGUUAGGAUACAGCCUACGAAUACCCCUGGGAGGUUUCAUUUGUACUGUAGGUAGUUUCAUCAAGAGGCACCCACUUCUCUUCUCUAGAUCAGCUUCAAGCCUACCUAGGUCUAGUAUCAGGAGCCCACGUUUUGUCUGUGCUGAGUGAGCAGGUGAAUCAUUGUUAAAUAGUUGUAUAAUAAAUAACAUAACAAGCAAGCGUUAUGAAUAUGUAUCCAUCC